AGCUGUAACUACACAAAAAAGCACUCACGCAGUCUGGGCUGGGUCUGCUUGCUGCUUACAAGGAGAGCUACUCUUGUAUUCAUGGUGGCGCAGUGAUACCCUGAGCAUUUUUUUUGUCACCUUUUCAUCCUUUUCCCCCUUGCUUUACGCACAAGGACGGCUCAUGUCUUUUCUAUAGACAUGAUGAGCUCUGUGCAUUUAAGGACUUUCUUUUUCCUGCUGGUCUCCGUAGCUCAGGUUUUGAUUGUUACAUGUCAAGACGGGAACAGUGGAGAUGAUUUGAGCUGCUCGGCGGACGGCCAGGUGUACACCAACAGGGACAUCUGGAAGCCGGAGCCAUGCCGGAUCUGUGUGUGUGACAACGGCCAGGUCCUCUGCGACGAAAUCCAGUGCGAUGAGCUGACUAACUGUGAGAAGGUGGUGAUCCCCGAGGGCGAGUGCUGCCCUGUCUGUCGGACGGAUUCCCAGGGCGGUGGCGGUGGUGGAGGCGGAGGCGGUGGCGGAGGCGGGGGCGGCGGCAGGGGAGACAACGGCCAGGGCACUUUUGGUGACGGGGGCAGGAUCUAUAAGGGUCAGAAGGGAGAGCCCGGAGAGGUGCCACUUGUGACAGGCAUCAGAGGCCGCCCUGGACCUAUGGGACCUCCCGGCUCCCCAGGACACAGAGGAUCUCGAGGACACAAAGGCAGGCCUGGACUGCGGGGCCCUCCGGGUUAUGAUGGAGAGCCUGGUGUACCAGGUCAGCCCGGUGAGCCAGGACCUCCAGGACCUCCGUCGCAUCCUGGAGGCCUGGGAUCCCAGAUGGCUGGAGGCUUCGAUGGGAAAACAGGACCUCAGGCCAUGAUUAGUGGCUCAAGGGGUGAGGCUGGAGCAAGAGGCCCUCCAGGGCCUAACGGUGCACCUGGUCAAUCUGGACCCCAAGGACCACCUGGAGAUGUUGGCGAUCCAGGGCAUAUGGGUCCACCUGGGCAAAGGGGACCUGAGGGCCCUGCAGGGAAACCAGGUGAAGAUGGAGAACCAGGCAAAUCGGGAAAUAGCGGAGAAAUGGGAUUCCCUGGAUCACCAGGAUCCAGAGGAUUUCCAGGUACACCUGGGCCUCCCGGACUGAAGGGUCACAGAGGCCAUGCUGGAAUACUUGGGCAAAAAGGUGAAACUGGAGCCGUUGGAUCCAAGGGUGCCACAGGGCCCCCGGGUCAAAUGGGAGCGCCUGGACCUAUGAGAGGACGCUCUGGACCCAGUGGCGUAGCAGGUAAACGUGGUGACCCUGGUAACCUCGGAAAGCCUGGGCCAAUGGGUCCCUUAGGUCUUAAUGGUCCACCUGGAUAUCCAGGAACCCCAGGGAUGAAGGGACAACCGGGCCCCACAGGAGUCCGGGGUCCAGAGGGCCCACAGGGACAGAGAGGAGAGACCGGUAAUAUGGGCAGAGCUGGACCAACUGGCCUCCAGGGCCCCGCGGGUACAGAUGGUGGCCCGGGUACCAAAGGACCAGUGGGUAAUCUUGGUCCACAAGGUCCAGGUGGCCAUGCUGGACCCCAUGGACCACCAGGACCUCAGGGGAGCACUGGUCAGCCUGGAAUCAAAGGAUCCCUGGGAGAUGCUGGCGUCGCAGGAUUUAAAGGAGAGGCUGGACCCAAAGGAGAAACUGGUCCACCAGGCUCCCAGGGAGUGCUUGGACCUCAGGGUGAAGAAGGAAAACGAGGACAACGUGGAGACCCAGGCACUGUGGGCCCUCCUGGUCCCGUUGGAGAGAGAGGAUCUCCUGGAAACAGAGGAUUCCCUGGUGCUGACGGGCUGCCAGGACCUAAGGGUGCUCAAGGAGAUCGUGGGACAUCUGGCCCACCGGGUCCCAAAGCUUCUGUAGGAGACCCUGGGCGUACCGGAGAACCUGGUCUACCAGGUGCAAGGGGUCUCACUGGUACCCCUGGAGUGCAGGGAGCAGAGGGCAAGCCGGGACCAUUGGGGGCUCCAGGGGAAGAUGGUCGCCCAGGCCCCGCAGGGUCCAUUGGAAACAGAGGGCCCGCAGGAAUCAUGGGAGGGCCGGGCCCUAAGGGCUUCAGUGGUGACCCAGGAAAAACAGGGGAGCAAGGAUCUGCAGGAGUGUCAGGUCAAAGAGGUCCCCCUGGCAAAGAUGGAGAAGUUGGCCCUGCUGGCCCCCCUGGCCCAGCUGGUGUCGCAGGAGAAAGAGGAGAGCAGGGACCUCCAGGUGUAAAUGGAUUCCAGGGUUUGCCUGGAAACCAAGGCCCUCCUGGAGAGCCUGGAAAACCAGGUGACCAAGGUAUUCCUGGAGAGCUGGGUAGCGUGGGCCAAAUAGGACCAAGGGGAGAGCGAGGUAUUCCCGGGGAGAGAGGAGAGCUGGGUUCAACUGGUCUGCAGGGACCUAAGGGUAUCCCUGGUGCACCUGGUCCAGAUGGGCCAAAGGGCAGUCCUGGUCCCCCUGGGACGCUUGGUGACGUGGGUCCUCCAGGACUUCAGGGAAUGCCAGGAGAGAGGGGCAUCUCUGGCACUUCUGGGCCUAAAGGGGACAGAGGAGCGCUUGGUGAAAAAGGAUCAGAAGGUACAGCCGGGAAUGACGGUGCACGAGGAGCCCCGGGUCCUGUUGGCCCACUAGGAUCCGCUGGACCCAGUGGUGAAAAGGGCGAACCUGGACCCAAAGGACCACAUGGACCCCCAGGAUCCAGAGGAGUACCAGGAGCGAGAGGCGACCCUGGCCCAAUCGGUGCUGUUGGAUUUGCUGGCCCACCUGGUCCUGAUGGCCAACCUGGAGUCAAGGGAGAGCCUGGAGAACCGGGCCAAAAAGGAGAUGCUGGAUCGCCAGGACCUCAAGGCUUGUCUGGUGCUCACGGACCUCAGGGGCCGACUGGUGUUGCUGGACUGAAAGGCGGAAGAGGAACGCAGGGUGCACCAGGCCCCACUGGCUUCCCUGGAUCUGCAGGACGAGUUGGCCCCCCCGGUCCCACUGGUCCUGAUGGUCCUCCAGGCCCAGAGGGAACUACAGGACAGAGAGGCAUUGUGGGUCUUCCUGGUCAGAGAGGAGAGCGCGGGAUGCCAGGCCUUCCAGGACCUGGGGGGCCCCCAGGAAAACAAGGAUCCGCAGGAACACCUGGAGAUAAAGGCCCCCCAGGUCCAGUCGGUGUCCCGGGUGCUAACGGACCCCGUGGUGAUCCUGGUCCUGAUGGCCCUGCAGGAAGUGAUGGCCCGCCAGGAAAAGAUGGCGUUCUGGGACAAAGAGGGGACCGAGGAGAUUCUGGUCCAGAAGGUUUGAUUGGUCCUCAGGGACUUCCUGGCCCUCCAGGUCCUGUCGGUGCACCGGGUGAUGCUGGACGGAGAGGAGACGCUGGCUCAAGAGGACCCGUUGGUCCCCCGGGCUCAGCUGGGAAGAGAGGAUUUGUGGGACCCCAAGGACCAAGAGGAGAUAAGGGUGACCUGGGAGAUCAUGGAGAGAGAGGGCAGAAGGGACAUCGAGGCUUCACUGGUCUGCAAGGUCUUCCUGGGCCUCCUGGUACAACAGGUGAGCAGGGAGCUCCAGGAAUCGUUGGCCCAAGCGGACCCAGGGGGCCUCCUGGACCUAUCGGACCUUCUGGAAAGGAAGGAUACAUAGGCCAGCCAGGACCGAUGGGGCCUCCUGGAACCCGAGGCAUCAGCGGAGAAAUCGGACCAGAGGGCCCUCCAGGAGAGCCUGGCCCCGCGGGCCCCCCUGGUCCCCCAGGACCUCCCACGGCUGCUAUGGAUGACCUCUUUGGCGGCCCUCAGGACUACGACUCGGGCCCCCCUCCUCCUCCAGAGUUCAGCGAGGACGAGGCUCUGCCCAACAGCAACGCGUCCAGCAUAGUGGCCGUGGACCCGAGCAUCCACGCCACCCUGAAGGCCCUCAGCAGCCAGAUCAACAGCAUGAAGAGCCCCGACGGCAGCAGGAAACACCCCGCAAGGACCUGUGACGACCUCAAGAGAUGCUACCCCGACAAGAAGAGUGGCGAGUACUGGGUGGAUCCAAACCAAGGCAGCGUGGAGGACGCCAUCCAAGUGCACUGCAACAUGGACACGGGCGAGACCUGCAUCACAGCUAACCCAUCCAGCAUACCUCGUAAAGUGUGGUGGAGCUCUUCCAGGAACAAGCCUGUGUGGUUCGGAGCUGACAUCAACCGUGGAACACAUUUCACUUAUGGCAACAAAAAUCAGCCGGGAAACUCCGUCACCGUUCAGAUGACUUUCAUCCGCCUGCUCUCCAAAGAGGCGUCUCAGACCAUCACAUACCACUGCAAGAACUCUGUGGGCUAUAAGGACGAGAAGGCGGGCAACUAUAAGAAAGCUGUAAUCCUCAAGGGCUCCAACGAUCUGGAGCUCAAAGCGGAGGGAAACAACCGCUUCCGAUACACAGUGGUGGAGGACUCCUGCUCGCAACCAAAUGGCAACUGGGGAAAGACAGUGUUUGAGUACAGGACACAGAAAACUGCCAGACUUCCUGUUGUGGAUUUGGCCCCCGUAGACAUUGGCGGCCCCAAUCAAGAGUUCGGCAUCGACAUCGGGUCCGUGUGCUUCUUGUAAAAUCGUCAGCAGGGAUGCGUCGAGGAGAAUCCCGAGACUAUUGAACUGACAGCUGACGUGAUCAGCCACAUUGUACAUACGAGUACUGAGGACUAUUCUGGCCCUGUGGCAAGAUAUUUAUUGUGCCUUUCAACCCGGUUCAAGACAUUGAAGAUUUGUAGUUUAGAAUGAAUGCUUGGAAUUCACUUAAAUUGGUAAAAAUCUGAAUCAUUCCUCCGUCUUCUCUUUGUAUGUUUGACCCCAAAUGUAAUGCAUUUCGAGGCUCACUAUGGUGAAGUUUGCUACAGAGAUAUUACCGUUCAUUGCCAAAGAUGUAUGCAACACUGCCAAAGAUUAAUGAAUAAGAAAGCUUUAAAAUGGAGGUUAUACCUGCUGUUCAUAGGCUUUACGAAAUCCCACUGAAGCUAUGUCAAAUGUCCCUUCACUUCUAUUUUUUACAGAUUUGUCUAUUCAUUUUUUUGUGUGAAAUGUUUGCAUAUACAACAACAUUGUGGUGCUAUUGACGAUACAAAUACAGCCGGUGAUGCGUUUACCGGCGCAGGUAUUCUUUCAAGACAGCUUUGAUGAACCAAUGUCUGCAUCCAGUUAUUUUAAACUCUGUACCGACCAUGUAGAACAUUAAAGACACAUUAAGACUGGCGAUUUCUCAGUGUUAGCUACCUCGUCACCGAAACUGAAAAACAAUGACACUUCAUGGACAUCUUUUUUCACAGGUGCUGUUUUGUAAGUAGUGUGAUCCUUGUGCACUCCUCCCAGCUGUGCGGUACAGGGCAGGGUGUGGGGAUACCAAUAAAGAUCUUUCUGUCAACGACGGAGAGACGAAUGAGGUGUCGUGUGAGUGGCGUGUGGUGAUUUGUUACAUUUUUCUUACUUUCUUCAAUUUCAAUAUGGUACAGUAAAAGGUAGCAGAGAAUAUUCUAUUUGUAUGCAUGUCAGUUCCCCCUCUUCAGUACCCUGGAUUUAUAUGCUCUUGAAAUCCUUCUUAUAAUCAGAUUUAUAGAAUGAGCUGGCUGUGAGUGCCUGUUUGCUUUUGUAUUAUUUUUACUAUGCAACAAAUUAAACAAACUGCUUGUUAAUCCCCCCCCCAAGCUCUUGUCAUAUUGAUUCAGGUCUAGUUAGGUCCUUUACGCUUGCCAUUUUGCGAACAAAAUCAAUUUUAGACAUAUUUUGUAAUU